UGUCGAUGUCAGGCACCGGCCGGAGUUAAAAUAUAACCGAAAUCGAGUCAAUGUUUUUUAGUUAUUUACUUAAAAUUAAUAAAAGAUGAGUCGAUACUUUACAAACAGUUGUUAAAUUUAGCUUACGAGAUCAGCAUCCAUCAUGCUUUUACUGUUGUGGGCGUUGAAUACAAUAUAUAUCUAGUGCUGUGUUUUUUGGAAUUGUUAAUAUGGCUCGGUGGAAAUUAAUAAGACAAAAUUACGAUCCUAUAGAGGAGCUGGAGUUUUCAGAAGGAGAUGAAGUUAAAUUCGGCAGGGGUUUGACCAAUACUGUAACCAUCUCAAGUAUUGUGGUGUCUAGAAAUCACUGUAUCAUUAAAUUUAAGAGUGAUAGAGCCAUUAUCACUGACUUAAAAAGCUCUAAUGGAGUAUAUAUUGGAUUGAAGAAACUCAGUCCAGACACUCCUUUUGACUUGUUUGAUUUGGACAUCAUUGGAUUUGGCUGGACUCCGGGAGCACCAUUAGCAGUAAUUCCCGACAGCGAAAAACAUGUGUACAAACUUGUUAAAGUUAAGUUACAUACACCUAUAUAUAACAGAAUACAAUUCCAAAAUGAUCAGGAUUUUGAAGAUGAUGUAGAGGGCUCCGUUAAGAAAUUACACAAUACAAAACUUGAUGGUAAAGCCAAUUCCAGUGGUACAUCUAAAUGGGGUUUAAAAAGGAAAUUAAAGCCAAAAAACAAACAAGCAGUCCAAAGAAUCAACAAUGUACUUAACAUUGAAAAUGAUUGCAUAAGUAUAUCAGAUAGUGAUUUAGAAAUAUGCACAAAUGAUGAAAUCACAAUUAAAAAGACAAAAUUUGAGCCACUUUCUGAAAAUAAAGUAUAUGAAGACCAUGUUAGUGCAGAAAAUGAUGAAAUACAGUUUGAAGCUUAUAAUGUUAAACAAGAAUAUUUAGGUUAUGAUGAUGAACCUAUUCAGAUAAGUAGUGAUGAUGACAGUGAGUCGGAACAAUGGUUCUUGCGUUUGUCACAAAGUUCACCUGGGAAGCCAUUUAUAAAAAUUUCACAAAAUAAAGAUACAAAGCUGACUGAUAAUUCAUACAGUCAAAUGGAGGAUUUUGUGAUUUUAGAUUCAAACAAAGAAAAUUAUGAAUUGGAUGAAGAAAUUGAUGAUGAUGGUGAAUCACAUCUUCCUUCUGAAGAAGAAAUUGAAAAAUUUAAUUACUGUAAAGAAACACUUACAGCUAAAGUUACAGAAAAAUGUAACCUAGAAAACAAUGAAGCUACAAGCAAUGACGUAAAGUUUGAAUCAAAAACAAAUGAUGUUUCUAAUUCAGAAGUUAUUAGAGAAAAUGAAGAUCAAAUCGAUGGAAGUGAUUUAAACACUCACAACAGCAAUCAGUCAUCAUCCUGCAAAUCUCCUCAGAGUCAUCAUGAGAUAGUACAGAAAAUUAAACUAAUUGAACCAACUCACAGGAUUGCACAUGCAGCAGCGGUAUCAAAAAAAGAAUGUGUUAAUCAAAAAAGUAAAACUAUUACGCAUAGCAGAUCACGAAAGCAGGAUUCUAAGAAAAAACACCAAGUAAAGAAACAGAUAACUGACGCACAAAAAGAAGAGAGGAAGCAAAAACUUAAAGAAAUCGCUUUAAAAGAAAAGGGAGAAGUCAAAACAACAACAGCCUCAUCAAUUAAUACUGCAACAGUAGGUUUGGCUGUUGCUAAAGUAACAACUUGUAACAGAGGUUUAUUUUUAACUGACAAUAUUGAAUCAACUAUUGAAACAACAAAGAAAACAAAUAAAAUUAAAGAAACUGAUAAAUCAACUCAUAAAAGUACGGAAUCAAAGAAAGAAAAUCAACCUACAAAAGAAGAAAAACAUUCAAAGAAACAAGAACAUUCUAAGAUAAAAAAUAAGGAUGAAAACAAAAAUGUUAAAUCAAGAGAACCUGAACAAUCCAAGAUUAAAGACAAAGAUGACACAAAAUCGAGUCAUGUUUCAAAUAAGUUAUGCGGUUCUGAUAAACCCAUAUCUGUUAAAUAUGUAGAACCAUUAAAGGAAAGUGAGAAUUCAAUAACUGGUAAACCAGUUUCAAAAGUACUACCAUUGCCUGCUAAUACAAUAAAUAAAAAAAUUAAGAAAAAAGUGAGCUUUAGUACCGAAGAGCCAAAAGUACGCGAGUAUGUUAUUGAUCCAGGCAAUAAACUGAAGAGGACCAGUUUAAUGAAAUCAACACUUUUGGAUGUACAACAUAUGCCAGUUUUUUCAUUGGAAAAGCAAACACUAAUGAAGAUUUUACGUUGGAAUGGAAACUGGUUGGAGGAACAGCUUCACAGGAAUGAACCUCCUCCCAUCUUAGAUCAUAAUCAACCUCCGGUUAUGCUACAUUCAUUUAGAAGCCAUAACCAGUAUAAACAAUUAAUUGGUGGCCUACUUCUUAUGGAGAUAUGGGAAUGUCUUACACAAGGUUAUAAGAAAUUACAGAACGAAAAAACUGAAUUACAAAUGCAAAUAGAAUCAGUACCUUCGCAAGAAAGGUUGCAUGAAAUGUACAAUAUGGUUCUUAACUUUUCACUACCAACAAAGGCAGUAAGAUUAGUUCCGAGAGUUGGAGAUGUUAUAAUGAUUUCUUUCGGAGUAGAUACUGCAAAAUGCAAUAGAUUUCUUUAUGUUAAUAAUGUACGGAGCCUGCCUUCACCUCCAAAUAAUGUAAACUCUUUCUUUGCAAUUUCUUUGUGUGGCAUGUAUUCGGAAAAGAUGGGCCAAUUACGAGUUGGCCAAACACUAUUUGGCAAAAAUCUCGCUUAUAUAAAGAAGGAAUUAAUGCUGUUUGAAGCUAUGGAUUAUUUAGAAGGAUCGUCACUUAUCGAUUGCAUUCUAAAGCCUAGGCCACAACACUUUAUUAAUUCAAAUGAAUUGAAACCAGAAGAAUUAAAAUCACAAUGGACGGUUACUCUGAACGCCAGUCAGAGGCUCGCCGUGCAGUCGUCGGUGUGUGCGGCGCUCGGCGACCGGCCCGGCAUACAGAUGGUGCAGGGGCCGCCCGGCACAGGAAAAACGAGUGUUAUAUGCGCUAUUGUUAUGACAUAUUUCUAUAACGCUGCCGGCAGAAAACAACAUAACAGGGGAAAGAUUUUAAUAUGUGCCACAAGCAAUGCUGCUGUCGAUGAAUUGGUCCUCAGAUUGUUACAUAUCAGGAAAGAUAUGCCUAAAGAGGAGCGUUUCCGCAUGGUGCGCGUGGGGCGCGCGGAGGCGAUGCACCCGCGCGCGCGUGACGUCAGCUCGCAGCAGCUGGCGCAGCGCGACGCACGCAGCCGCGAGAAACCUGCGGAGCCCGCCAUUGCUGAAGAGAUAUCGCACAUCCAGGCAAAGAUCAACAUGCUGCGGAGUCAGAUCGCGGACCAGGCGGAGCCGUCGCGCGUCGCCUACUGCGAGACGCGCAUCGCCAACCUCUGCAACAGAAUAGCACUCUUACACGGAGACGGUGGGGGCGGGGGCGGGGGCGAGUGCGGGGGCGCGGUGGUGCUGCAGCAGGCGGAGAGGCGCAUCAUCGAGGGCGCGGACAUUGUGCUAACAACGCUCUCCAGCGCACACAGCUAUAAGAUGAGGAGUAUAAAGGGGCGGAUCGCGCUGUGCAUAGUGGACGAGGCGGGGCAGGCCAUAGAGCCGGAGGCGCUGGUGCCGCUGACGCUGGACGUGACGCGCCUCACGCUCAUCGGCGACCCGCAGCAGCUGCCCGGCUUCAUCUGCUCGCAGCGAGCUAGAAAGCACGGCUUAGGCGAGAGUUUAUUCUCCCGUUUGUCGAACUGCACCGAGGACUGGGAGAACAACCCCGUGGUGCUGCUAGACGAGCAGUACCGCAUGCACCCCGAGAUCGCGGACUACCCCAAUAGAGCCUUCUACGGAGGGAAAAUCAGGACAAUGACCAACUCACAUGUGGACCUCGAUAUACCGCCAUAUUGUGUUGUUAAUAUACCCAGUGGGGAUAAGGGACAAGGUCCGUGCGGCGGCAACGAGAUGGAGGCGUGGGGCGUGUCGCGGCUGUGCGCGGCGCUGGCGGCGGCGCUGCGCGCGCGCGGCCUCAGCCUCGCCCUCAUCACGCCCUACGCCGCGCAGCGCGACCUCGUGCGCGCCGCCCUCGCCGCGCUGCAGCCCCAGAGCGCGCGGCAGGUGGAGGUGACGACGGUGGACAGCUUCCAGGGGCAGGAGCGCGACGUGGUGGUGGUGUCGCUGGCGCGCAGCCGCGGCCUGGGCUUCCUGGCGGACGCGGGCCGCAUCAACGUGAUGCUGACGCGCGCUAAGCACGCGCUGCUGCUCUGCCUCAACACGCAUGCCAUCAUGAGGAACGAUCAGUGGCGCACGCUAGUGGAGGACGCGCAGCGCCGCUCGCUGUACACGACGCUGCCGGCGCGCGUCUGCCAGCCCGCCGCCGCGCACCUCGCGCACGAACACAUACUCGCGCACAUCACGCAGUUAAAGAAACGAUAACUGCUCUACCUUAUCCUACCGUAUAUUUCCCCUACCUUAUCCUACCGGCCGGAGCAUCGGGUUUUCGUCCUCCAAAAUAACUCUUAUCAUCCGUCAUCUUGAUCAUGUCACCUUACACGCAAUCCAUCCAUCUCGUUCUACGUUAGUAGUAACAGCAAUAUAUUACUAUUUUUGAAAUAUCUUGCUCCCUCAAGGUCAAAUAUUGUGUUAGCAGACUCGUGCGAUGUUUACGUGAGAGGAAAAGUCAAUUUACUUUGAAUACAAAAACAAUGCUAACAAUAUUAACAGUCAAUACUCGUGUCAUGUUCUGAUCUGUCAUAAGUUUGAAUAUUACUAUACUAUAGCGUUUAAGGAACCAUAACUUUCCAUUCAGACUGGGGUGAACUUAGUAGAUUUUUAUCGCAAACAUAAUUGAACUUGAUUGAAAAGGAGAUGUAAAAUAAAAUUGAACCUUAUUGCAAUUUCAUAAAGUUCAAUUUUGUUUAAAAUAAAAAUCUGCUCUGCUCUACGUUCCGGUUAGUGUGAAUGGACUCAAAGUUGACAAUCAAAUAUUACUUGUAAGUAUGUGAUGAAAUAUAAACUAGUAGUUUUACUUUAUACUGGUGUAGAAUAACAUGAGAUCUAAGGCCAGUGACGUCAUAAGUUUAUAUUCAGUGUAAGACAAAAAAUAUGAACUAACCCAGCUUUUUUGAGCGCAAUUUACGAUUCUAAUGUUAUGCACAUUCAGUACAAAUAGUUAUAGGAAAGUGUAUAUCCGUGAUUACAUAAACGUGAAUUCCUUUUCAUUAUAAGGUUUAAAAUUAAAUUCGAUUAUUCGCUCUUCAAUGAGUUUAAUUUGUGCAUUUGUAAAUAUUAAUGUUUAUUCUAAGAAUAUUGAACUUCUGAGUAAUAAUUUUAAUGUUUUGUGUUUCUUUAAUUUAGAUAUAGAACUAAGUGUAAGAUUAUCAUUUUAUAACCUGCAGUAAUUAAAUCUAGCCCAGUAUCGAGUUCUACGGAAAAUUUCCAGUUAAAUGUACUGAUGACAUUUUGAUAAAUUCUUUAGUUAUCAGGUAUAUCAUGAGUUUAAAAUUGUAUGCAUUAAUUUUAUUAUAACCUCAUAAAAUUUUACUCGUAUUAACAUUUGUAUGCCUUAAUAUAAAAAUGCUAACGUAAGAACGCUUCAAUUGCCUUUACUUUGGCAAUUAAUGCCGCAUUUUUCCACAAUGUAGCGUGGGCUAGAUAUUUUAAUAUUUCUGGUCAGGCUAUAAUGUAGAAAUUAUUGACUUGUUUGUUAAUUUGUUUCUAAGAAUAAGACAAUUAUAGUAAGGCCAGUUUUAGAAUUAUACGCGCCUAACACUUACGUGUUUGUAAAAAAAUGUUGAUUA